ACAAAAAAGUGCUAACCACACCCCUAUACACUGCCCAUUCAGGCAGAACAAGCCCCAUCGUAAAAAUAUCGGAUUUUGAUGAGGGGUUUCACAGAAACCCUGGAGCAUAUCAAAUGAUCCCUGCUGUAAUUGAGUAUCAAUGAACUGAUGUAUAUUCUAUAAUUUCCUAUGGGCAUAAAACAUGAGAAUAGCUGAAUUAUUCGACUAAAUUAAUAGUAUAUAUUUCAUUCAUAUGAGAACAAACCAUUAAUAUUUAUUUGAGCCUGGAUUGAUGAAAUACAAUUCGACUUCAUUGUGAGCUUUUACAGAACGAAAUAGGUGGAGGGAUAUCUACAGAGGAAUUUCCCCAGGAAAAUAUUUCCUCCUGCGUGAAUCUACGCGACAAGACGCACAACAGAGAAUCUGGCACUCUCACAGUCCCAUCCGAUGACCAGAUGGAGUCCUUGACCUCCGAUUGCACUUCUUGUAAGACAACCGGUUGAAGAAAACCAUCGUUUACGGUAACUUCACAAGAUGAUCCUUACUAUAAAACGACGAGGACGAACCCAGCAUCUUCAGUUUUGGUCCUGUCACGAUGUUGUUGAAAUGCUUCCUUAUCCUCGGCCUGGUUUUCUUGCUGGAAGCGGCCAGUAUCACGAAAGGGAUACCCGUUAAAGUCGUGUACGUCGACCCGGUCGGUAUUGAAGAAAACGCACGCGAAAAAUCCCACGUGAGAUAUCUGCAGAACAGGAACCUGGACGAGAAGGUCCAGCUGUCUGGGAGGGAACUAAAGGAGGCCGACCAGCACAUACCGUUUCCCGAAGGAUCGGACGGCAACGAUGGAGCUUUGUUCUUGAAGGCGAAAACGGUGUUCUUGGACAAACUGGCCAAUUUCAGAGACCAAGUCGAUAGGUUCUCCCUGAAGACGACCCAGAAGAAGCCCACGUCUGAGGAUUGGGCCGGUUUGAACGAAAAGAUACAGGAGGUCUUCAAGAAGUACGAGAAAAAUGGCAUCCGACAGAACCAGGGUGGGUUCUUCGCCGAAUUGACGCAGGUUACCGGUCAAUGGUUCCAGUCCUUCGGUGGUAACAACAACAACAAGCCCGGAGGCGAGGAGGAUGAGCAGCAGCAGAAUCAGGGUGGCCUAGGGCAAGCCUGGACCAACUUUUCGAAUAGUAUCAGCCAAGCAUUCAGUAACAUUGGAAGCAACAACCAAGGCAGCACAACCAGCAACACCGUUCUAGGAGACACUGGCGUUACAACAUCCACUCAAGCCCCUGGGUUCUUCCAGAACAUAGUCAGUAACCUCUUCAACAACAAUCAGGGAAACAACCCUGGACAAGAAGAUACCGGCGUGACCAACCCUCCAAACAUCUUCCAAGGCGCCAUCAACAACAUCAUCAACACCUUCAGUCAAUCUUCAGAGAAACCGAACACACAGGGCGACACAGGCGAAUCUUCAACUUCCGCACCCAGCGGCAACCCGAUCAUCAACAACAUAAGCAACGCUAUAGGUCAAGUAUUCGGACAGAGUACCAAACCACCAGGGGCGUCGGGUGACAACGAAGCCACAAACAAACCUUCGAACUUCUUCGAGAACGUCUUCCAGAACGUCUUCAACCAGAACCAAGCAUCCAGCACUUCGCAAGCUCAAGGUACCACAUCAGCGCCCAAUAUAAUCAAUCAAGGGCUACAACAGAUACAGAUCCCAGGUCAAGGCGGGGAUAUAAACAACAUCCAACAGUUCCAAAACGCCGGACAACAGAUCGCCCAAGGUUUUCAAAACCCCCAAAGCAUCGCGCAGAACUUAGGACAACAGGUGGGUGGAAACAGCGAAGGUUCGCAAAACAACCAACUUCAACAGAUCGCUGGAGGACUGCAAAAUCCUCAAAACUUCGCCAGUCAGGCUCAAAACGUUGGACAGCAAAUUGGAGGUAACAUUCCAUCGGGUUCUCAGGGUAAUAUCGGACAACAGAUCAGCGAAGCUUUCCAAAACCCCCAGAACUUCGCCAAUCAGGCUCAAAACGUUGGACAACAAAUUGGAGGUAACAUUCCUUCGGGAUCUCAGGGUAACAUCGGACAGCAAAUCAGCCAAGCUUUCCAAAACCCCCAAAACUUCGCCAGUCAAGCUCAAAACAUAGGGCAGCAAAUCAACGGCAAUGGGUCUGGAUCACAGGGACAAGCUGUCGGACAACAAAUCAGCCAAGCUUUCCAAAACCCUCAGAACUUCGCCACCCAAGCGCAAAACAUCGGACAACAACUUGGCGGUAAUCUUCCACAGACCGGCCAACAAUCUUCAGGGUCCCAGGGCGGUGUGUCAACUCUAGACGUGAACCAGAUUCCCGUCAUAGGACAACAGUUGAACCAGAACUCCCAAAACCCCAUCCAGAACAUCCAGACCAACCCCACCAACAUCAUCAAUCAGAUCCAAAGUUCGACGAACCAGGUACAGAACCCUGCGGCAUCCGUCAGUAAUCCAAUCAACCUGGUAGACACCCAAAAUCAGCAGUUGAACGUGAAUCAAAUAAACCAGAUAAUUCCUUCGAACCUCCAACCCCAAAACUCCAACGAGAUACAAUCGACGUUAACCAAUCAAUUCAAUAACGGAUUGAACCAACUCAGCACCCAAAAUGGUGGUAACCCUUUGAGCGCGGCUACAGGAAUAUUGCAGUCCAACCAGUCCCAGAACGGUGGACAAACAAGCCAACAGAAUGUUGUGAAGCCGGUUAACGAAGAAAAAAUUGAGAGGAAAGUUUCAGAGCCAGUCGAGAAGACUAAAAAGGAAGGUGAAGCUGAAAUAAUGGUAGCUUUUGAAAGAUAAAAACUUACAAUUUAUUUAUUUAUUUAUUCUAAGCUCGAUGUUUAAAUUUUCUUCGAUAGAUUUGCUCCGCUUCAACUUUACAGAAGUUGAAGGCAAUACUGACUGAAAUUUAUGCAACGAGAAAUAAUUUAUAGUAUAUUUAUUUAGGUGAUUAUGUCAGAAAUUUGACGAAAUCCGGGAUAUUUUCCUGAUGUAGGUGAAUUGAAUAAAAGUUAUUGUUUA